AUGGGCUCCAAAACACCAGAUGGCCACCGCCAAGGUCCAAAUGAAUCAUCGACCGGCGGCACCAUUGCUGUACUCAACCCCCCAAAGUCAGCAUCAGCAAGCGGACUUGUCCAAGAUGCAUCCGGAGAAGACGACGAAGACGGGGACGACGACGAGGAAAAGGCUGGAACUGACCUGAAUUCACGUGCUCAGCCUAACAAUGAUGGCAAGAAAAGAAAAAGAAAGAAUAACAAGAAGAAGAAGAAAAAGAGGCCGCUGAGCGGACAGCAGACAACUCCACCGAGAGUUGCGCUCUCUAGCAUCUUCUCAGGCCAGCGAUACCCAGAAGGUGAGAUUGUCAAAUAUGUCACCAACGAUGACAAUCUUCAGCGCACCACUGCCGAAGAGCUUCGUCAUCUGUCCGUGGUAAACAAUAUGGACGAUACGUUUUUGUCCGACUAUCGUCAAGCUGCUGAAGUCCACCGUCAGGUUCGCCGGUAUGUGCAGACGAUCGCGAAGCCUGGCAUCUCGAUGAGCGAGCUUGCUCAGGAGAUUGAGGAUGGUGUUAGGGCACUUACUGGCCACCAAGGAAUUGAGACCGGUGACGCUCUCAAAGCCGGCCUGGCGUUCCCGACUGGACUCUGCUUGAACAACGUAGCUGCUCACUGGACCCCUAAUCCCGGAACUAAGGAGGUUAUACUCGGGCAUGAUGAUGUCUUGAAAAUAGAUUUCGGAGUCCAUGUCCACGGAAGAAUUGUAGAUAGUGCGUUUACCGUGGCAUUUAACCCUGUAUACGAUAAUCUGCUUACAGCCGUCAGAGCAGCUACCAAUACUGGACUCAAGGAAGCUGGAAUUGAUGCUCGAAUCGAUCAUAUUAGCGGAGAAAUCCAAGAAGUGAUGGAGAGCUAUGAAGUUGAGAUCAAUGGAAACCUUAUACCCGUCAAAGCCCUUCGCAGCCUCUCUGGCCAUAACAUCCUGCGCUACAAGAUCCAUGGUGAGAAACAAGUUCCCUUCGUCAAGUCCAAAACUACCCAACGCAUGGAAGAAGGGGACGUUUUUGCCAUUGAAACAUUUGGAAGUACCGGGAAGGGCUAUACCAGAGAUGAAGCGGGCGUUUAUGGCUACGGGCUCAACGAACAUGUCAGCGCUACGGGUCUUCGUCAUGCCUCUGCCAAGUCAUUGCUGAAGACUAUCCGUGAGAAUUUCGGGACCUUAGUUUUCUCUAGACGUUACCUUGAACAUAUGGGAGUGAAGAAUUACCAUCUCGGCAUGAGGUCGCUCAUUUCAAAUGAUAUUGUUGAAUGUUAUGCGCCUCUUGUUGAUGUCCCUGGCUCCUAUGUCGCACAGUUUGAGCAUACUGUCCUGCUCAGGCCCAACUGCAAGGAGGUGAUCUCCAGAGGAGACGACUACUAA